AUGGCAUCUCUCGCGCGACCAGCUGCGAAUGAGUUACACUUGUGGGAUGUGAACGCGUCUAAGUUUGCAGUGCUACUGCACAACAGCGAUAUAGCCCAGCCCAGCGUCACGAACUUCGGAAACGGGCAAUUGGUCAACGGAGGUCCUGAUCUCGAUUCAUCGUCUGCUGCACGUAUCCUGAAAGGCUCUCUCACAACUUUGGGCCUAUUGGAACCGUCACCCCACACUCACAAAGAUGGCCUGCCUGCCGUGCCGCGGCAUCCGCUGCCUCAAUUUCUUCUAUCGUCUCCACGCCAUUCACAAGCUGUACACACCGUACUUGAAGCCUUGGGAGCAUCUAGCCAACUCUCCGACACAUUUACCUUUCAAGACUCCGCGGAUACGUUCAAAUUCGUGCCUUGUGCUGCGACAGACUGCACACAGCUUGUGAAUGACAGACGGGAGCUCGCGCCACCUAGCGAUGCUCGUGCGGCCAGAGAGGUUCUGGUUUUGCCACCAGGGUCUCACCCGCCUCGUGAUGCCACACCGCGAUUCAACUUCGAGCAAUACUUCGCCCAAUUGGGCGAUCAUUCUUCCGCGUCCGACUGGGGGAUGGGAGAGGUUUUGGUCUACGGCGAAGCAGUGAGCAGUACACAGACCAUGCUGGACAAGAACCCUAAGCUUCUCACAUCUCUGCCAACGCCAAUCGUAUCGCUCGCAUCUCACCAACUGGCUGGACGUGGCCGCGGCGCAAAUACAUGGCUUUCCCCCGAGGGCUGUUUGCAGUUCUCUCUUCUCCUACGCCUGCCCCUAUCAAGACUUCCUGCGCAGCGUCUCGUAUUCGUGCAGUAUCUAUUCGGUCUCGCGGUGGUCCGUGCGUGCAAGGACGAGCGUGCACUAGGUGGAAACAAAGGCGCGAAUGUACGGCUCAAGUGGCCGAACGACAUCUACUUGGAUCUGGAGAGCGGUAAGAAGAAGAUAGGAGGAAUUCUAGUGAACACAAGCUUCACUGGAGGUCAGGUAGAGAUCAUCAUAGGCUGUGGCGUCAAUGUGUCCACGCCGGCGCCGAUGGCUUCGCUUUCACUACUUUGUCCGGAUGCGCAGCUCAGCUCGGAAACGAUACUGGCGCUCAUUCUCAACAAGUUUGAGAGCAUGUGGGAAAUGUUCGUCGAAAGUCGUGGCUCUUGGGCUCCGUUUGAGGAGGCCUAUCUCGACGCUUGGAUGCACUCUGACCAAUCCGUCACCGUGGCCACGGUGUCGCCCCCUCAGCAAGUGCGCAUCCUUGGCAUAACCGCUGACCACGGCCUAUUGCGUACUCUCCCAGAGAAAGGCGCCGGCGACUAUAUCGACCUGCAGCCCGAUGGGAACAGCUUCGAUUUGAUGGAGGGCUUGAUCAAGGCCAAGAAGUAG